GUACGGCAACCGCGGCAAGCACAGGGCCGCCGGAGCAGCGCACCGAAGCGCGAGCGGUAGUGGAAGCGUCUUCUCAGGUGUGCGUCGGUGGUUGGCGCGCAGCAAUUCGGUGUGGCCAUGGAGAAGUCUUCGAGUGGCCAGGUGUACCGGUACCCGCCUGCAUCGGGCCUCCUGCUGGGUGCGGGCUUGGUGGCCUACUGUGCUACACUGCUUCUGCUGGUGAGCUUUGCGAGUCCCUACUGGCUCGAGAGCUACCAGGAGGCCAAGAUGGAGUUCAUACGACUGGGUCUGUGGGACGUGUGCUUCCACAACUAUCGCCACCCAUCCUACCAGUACGACGAGACUUUCAAUGGCUGCCACUGGAUUCACUCGUAUGCCUACCAAAACAUCCGUGAUUGGCUCCUUCCUGGGUGGCUGAUGUUUGUGCAGAGCAUGAUGACGUUGGCUCUCAUGUUUGCUCUGGGUGCCCUGGUCCUGCUGAGUGUGGUGUUGAUGCGUUACAUGCUGCGCUUUGAGAUCAUCUUUCUGCUGGGUGCAUUCAUCCUCGAGGCUAUUACAGCGGUGCCCGUGUUCCUGUCAGUGGCGGUGUUUGGAGGCAUGUGCUUUGACCGCUCAUGGCUACAGUACCCAAAUUACAACCACCUGUCAUGGGCCUAUGCACUUGCUGUCGUUGCCUUCUUCUUCCACACGCUUGCCGCCGUGAUGCUUCUAGGGGAGGCCUUCAAGGCCCGCGAGCGUCGGCGACGAGCCAACAACCUCAUCUACAACAUGCAACCCAGGACGGCUGAUCCGGCAACGCGCCUUUACUUUUUCCCCGCCGACGGCACCUCAGUCUGAGGAGAGAGAGACAUGGCUGACAGGCACAACCCCUCCCUUCUUCCUCUGUUGCCGGACUAACCGCGAGCUCGGCUGGCCAGCAAGCCAUCUUGCCUGCAUCUCAGGCCACUCCAGUGAUAACGUAGGUACUGGGCCCAGCAUAAGCAGCUGCACUGUGCACUAUCGAUUGAUCGGGCAGCUCCUCCACAGUGGUAACUGCAAGACGGACAAUCGCUGUUGCAGUUGGGCACGGAUGUAGCAGCUGGCUUCGUAGUACGAGAACACUGCAAGCAGCUCUCUUUUGUGAUACUUCUUUGACACAGAGCAUCCUCGAGGUCUGAAACGGCUGUUACUCUUCUGAUGUCUAUAACUUGAGCAACAGGCUGCUCUUCCUCUGUGUUUGGUUAGCUCACUGGUCUGCUAUGCACACCAUUGCCACAUGGCCAGGAGCGUCACUCAUUGAACUGGGAGGGUACAGCCAAGCACACUGCUUUGUCCUACUCACAGUAAUACUGACCCAGAGCCAGUCCAUUGCAUGUAUUGUGUGUGCCACAUAACAUUAAUGCAAGCAAUACUUGCUAGCUUGUCUGAUUGUGGCAUUUUGUUUUUCUGCUCCCAAUGUUUUGUUUGCACAGUCUUAGCACUCGGUGUUCCAGCGUCAACUGCCUCCAGCUAUAUAAAAUAGUUGAUUUGAGGUAACUUUUCGUAGCACUGCUAGAUAUCUGUGAUUGUGUGAUAGUGAAGUAACUUCACAUUUCUUUUGUAGCUGAAAAAACUGUGCAGAGCUCUAUUAAGGAAACUCAACUGUUUAUAAAAAAAUAAGCCAAACAAUUAUUAAGAAAAACACACAGUAGACUACAGAUAAAUGAGACUCACCUAAACUGAAAUUCCCAAUAAUAUUGGUGCUAUGAUUUUGCCUGGCUGUACACAGGCACAAUAUUAAACUUGUUUAAAAUGAAAUUUAUCUUAUGGUUAGCUUUGAGUAAAGAAAAUGUAACCGAGAAAUUCUCAAAAACGUGCGAAGCAGUGAAAGGAAUGGACAAUUAAAUCUAUCAAGCAGUUGCAACAAAAUUCCUUGGGUCAAACCUUGCUAAUCAUAUGAAUAUCCCCAUGGAGUUUCGUGAAACUCCCAAUCUAAGGCAUCUGCUGCAGCUCUUUUGUUAACGUUGCCAGGGAGAAGACUUCGAACAGCUCUUGUUUUACAUCCUCUUGAAAAACUUCAAAUUAUUGGUAAAGCUCAAUAUUUAGUUGAGAAGUAUCAUGCACUGCAACGGUACUGUUUUGGACCAGAUGGCACGAGGUGCAAAAGCUGCUGUGGCAUCCAGAAAGUAAGGACAGUGCAGAAUCAUUGGAAAUGCUAUUGUGUAAGCACACAUCUUAUACUGCAGUGGUAUGAAUAGAGUGGUAUGAACUAUUACUUUCACCAAAACGCUAUGGAAAGACUGAGAAGCCUUUUAAAUAAAAUCUUGAUUUUUUUAACCACUGCUUAGACUUCUAGAACACAUCUUGUUGUCCCAAAUUUUGCUUGUUAAUGCGAUAACGUUGAGGAGCUCUUGUUGCAGAAGAUUCGUUGUCAGCGUAAUCCAUAAGCGAAAAAUCUUGAAGUCAAAGAAUAAGAAAUAGGGUUGAAAUACGUGGCGCAAGGUUGACAAAGAAAAAAAAAAGAGACGAGACAGAAAGAGCGCCGGGUGUGUUUGGUUUUUUUCGACGUCUUUACAUUAGGCAUAUCUGUUUGUUGCUGGUUCCCAGAUAUCAUGAUUGCAAUAAUCGGUUAUUACAUCAUCAAAAUCUUCAUGCCUGCACGUGCGGUGAAUGGAAUGGUCUGCUCAUGUCCUCCAAGAGCCUAUAUAUUGUGAAUGGCGCUCUUUCUGUCUCGUCUCUUUUUUUUUUCUUUGUCACCCUUGCGCCACGUAUUUCAGCCUAAUAUGUACCAACUAGCCCAACAUAACGUACUGUUAAGAAAUAGGGUACCAGCCAGAAUCGAAGCGAGGUGUUCUGCAAAGCAGUCAGUUAUUCUACCACAGCGCGACACUAGCGCCUGAAAUCUCGUUUGGAUAAAGACCCUACGCAGGCAUGUCCGGUGAGGAGUCAAUGGCUGCAGCUAUGCAAGUGUUGUGUGACUGAAGUCUAAAAUCACAUUGCGUGAAUUGCAUGGCCACUGGGUGAUUUACAGUUUCUUACUUAAUACUAAGGGCUCACCCGUAAUUCAAUGUCUGCCACAGCACCAGAAACUAUGGAAUGGCACAUAUUGCCUUACAUCUAUGUAUUAGGCUCUUUGCAAAUUGGGGAUAGUGGGUAUUUCGCAUCAUCAGAAGACGCCCUGGCACUGUGUGGAGUGGUCAUGUCAUGCACCUUCUUUUCCUGAAAGCACAGUCAUCAAGAAGCAAAGCAGCUCAGACAAAUUAGAAAGUGGUGCGCAUGGGGCCCCACAACUCUCUAACACUACACUCUUAAAGGCAAAGCUUGGCUUUAUGCAGUCCCGAACUUUUACCAAGUACCUGGUCAGUGUGGUUCGAAAAUGAUUCUGUAGUCUGUGCACCAUAAAAGGAAAGGCAACAGCUAUGCAACAAAACCUCCUUAGAUGUUCAUUUUCGCAGUUGAUAUUCUGUUCAAGUGUCAGCAAUAUUUUGGCAGCAUAUGGUCAUGAAAACUAAUUGCUGCAGCCAUGUUGCAUUGUCGGGAGGGGCCCGACAAUGGGCCACAAAGAGUUAGAGUACUGACGCAAUUUUUGAGGCAUCAGAAAAGGGGCAUUUUUCAUUUGCUUGGCAUAAAGUGUUAACACUUUCCAUACAGCAUAGCCAUGAUGUGUAUAUACAUUGCUUUGAUUUUUUAAAGUUUUUCUCUCCAAGCAUCAGAAAGCCAUUUUCACCGCAGUGGGCAUGAUCAUGAUGAGUUGACACAGUUCGUUGUCAUUGUGAAUUCUCCGUCCUUCAUGUUGCCAAAAUUGCCGCCAUAGUCACUGAUUCCUGUUUACAAGUACCCGAUGCAAGUGACAGCAGAUGACAGAACUGCUGCUAGUACAUCAUGAGUACAUCUAUAUGACCAGCAUCAAACUGUGUUUACAAGUAACUGUGAAACAGUCCUCUCGAUAUAAAAAGCACAAGUGAUUCAUUAGGCUUGGAGCAUUAAAAAACAUAUUUAAGGCAUUCCAAAGCAUCACAAAAUUUUUUUUAAGGUUCUCAACACCGGCACCUUUAUUUAGAACUACAGUAGAAACACUUCUAAGGUUCGUGUCGUUACUCCUUUAAGCGCUUUCCUCUGGUAACAUAGACAUUUUCCCACACUGUGCUAUGAAGAAACUUAUAUAUACUGGAAUAUUACGGUAGAGUAUUUUGAGCCAUGGUACCCGCAUUUUUUAUGAAGACGUAAAUGCUGAAGGCCUGUGUACUUGGAUUUAAAUGCUUAUUAUAAAACCCUGAGGUGGUCAAAAUUUCUGGAGCCCUCGACUAUGGCGUCUCUAAUGAUCAUAUCUUGGUUUGGAGAUGUUAAACACAAACUAUUAUUAAUAAUAAUACACUCUGGACCUAUUUUUCAUGAUGCCAGCUCAAGGCAGAUUUCUUAUUAAAAAGAACCUGUGCUUUACAUUUUAUCGACAUGGAUUCUGCAGUUUAACAGAUCCAAAGUGCUGAAAGUCAUUGAUAGCUAUGUAACUAUUGCUUUUCCAGCUCCUUUGGUCAGCAAUGAUUAUUUUUUAGUGAACCUUCUGUUCUUAUAUUGAAAAGUAAUUGCAGAAACAGGUUAUAUAAUGAUAGCAUCCACAUGUAGGUAUUUUUUUUUUGCUUGCUAAGGUGCAUGGAUAGUUCACAGUCUGACAGUUUUACAAAGUGACGGGCCAGCUAUUGAACAAAAGUAGUUUCUGGGCUAUUCCUAUUCCUUCUCCUUGCCUCUCAUGCUUUUGUUAUGAUUCGCUGCCAGUUAAUUUUCUGUACUAUUCUGAUAUAAUUUUACCUGACUGUCUGUAAACCCUUUGAUGAGCAUGGCUGGUGUGCAUGAUGACCUUGCAUGCAUCCUUGUAAGACAACUCUUGUCAUUUCCUGCUGCUGUAAAAUAAUUCAAAAUAUGCAUGAUUACAGGCAUACGACUGUAAUGUGUGGUGCAACUAUUGGAAUGCUUUGCCUAACAGGAGUUUUGUCUACAGCCUUUAGUAUAUUGACGUGUGUUUUUAAGGGGGGGGGGGGGGGCCUGCACUACCUUUUUUUUUUUUUUUAGGUAAUCAUCAGAUGGCCUCAAUAUCGGAGUUUAUUGGCUCAGUAAUCAAAUGCUGCAAAAAAUUUUAGAAUUUGUCAAGUACGAACAGAGUUGCAAAGAUUAGUCACCCACUUCACACACUCUCUCUCUAUUUCGUUUGCAGCAAGCACACUGACAGCCACUCAAGGUAGCAGCGACACAUGUCAUGACGCAGAGCACUCUCCUUUCUCUCUCUCUCUCUUUUUUUUGAAUGUGGGCCUCACUAUCAGUGUGACUGCUAGUGCUCUGGUGUAAUUCCACGUCGUGUGUAAUUCCACUAUGACAGAGCGCAGUGCAGGCACAUUGCAGCAUCCCCGAUAUAUACUAGCUUGUGAUGCUCAAAUCAGCCAGUGGACUUCAAAGAUGGAGUACCAGCAAGUACACAAUAACGUGGCACACAUGGACGAACGCUGGGUGCAAUGGCUUUAAGUGAAGUGAUCUUAAGCCAAUUCACAUCAUAAGACAGAACGCAUCUAUGGCAUUAUUUUUCAGGCACGAAUGAGUGAUUCCUAGCUCACUUUAAAACUUCACCCUUUGCAGUUCAGAACAUCUACCUAACUUCCAUUUAUUUCAGUCUGAAGCUGUAGAAAGCAGACCUCAGUUAGCACAAGUUUUCUUAAUCAAUUGGUGAUCUCUCAUUUUGCAGCGAGAAAAAUAUACAUAUAUGCACGUGAAUAAACCUCCGAAGAAGUUGUGAAGCAGCGCCUGACCAGACUGUUGUGGCCGUGUUGCAUUGUCGGGCAGGGUCCAAGAAUGGACCACUAACGGUUAUAUUUAAAUUCCAUGCUGCGUGCUUCGCUAUAGUCUUUGGCUCACAUUGUUAUAGAAGCCCCGACUACUCAUGAACAGCAUUUUCUGAUCAUUAUCAAAAAGUAUUGCAGGGUCCUUUUCAGCUGCUGCUGUUCUUGCUCAUUGUUUCCAGUUAUGUCUUGCAUGGUUCAUCUGGACUUAAAGGAAGAUGUAAAAAUCUUGAAAAAUCUUUUUUUUUAAUAAUUUUUUUGAACAGAAUAAAAUUGAACACACUUAAGUUUUUUUUUUUCAGAUUCCAAGUGUCUGAUGUUAAUUUUUAAAAGCUGCAUUCAAUUAAAAUAUAUGCCUUGUCUACAACAUUUUCUUAGCACAAUUCUUAAGGGAAGUUUUGGCAAUGUUUCUUUGCCAAAUGAAAAAAUGGAAAAUGUGACAAAAUUCUUGACACUUGGUCUAGCCGCUGAUGUUAUUUAUAUUCUUAUAAUGUUGUUCACCAAAUCAUAGUUUGAUUUAAUCGUUAAGUGUAUGAAGCAAAAAAUUGCUCUCAUAUUUGCUCCUGUUUUUUUUACAAAGUUGCAUCUCAUAAUCAUAUGGUGGUAUUGGGAUGUUAAACUCCAGCAGUUAAUUACUUUCGAAGCUAAUUUAAAACAAUCAAAGUUGCAUCAUCAGCUAGAUGAGCUCACUGGUGGUUUUGCCACAUACUUCAUUUUUGUGUUUCACAAAGUGAAGUUGCCAAGAAACAGCGUAAGAAAUAUGCAAUAAAAGUUUACUUUGAGACUGGGAAUCUGAAGGAAAAAGUGAAGUAGUAGCAAGUUUUGUUGAGUUGACCAACUAAUAAAAAAUUUUGUUUUAGGGGUUAUGUCUCCAAAUUAGAUUGGGAACGAUGAUAGACUGAAGGGGCAGGAUUUUUUUUUUUAAUAAGCCAGGAUACACACACAGAACACAAAUUAUGGGACAGUGUACAGUAAGCUUUGUUGCACAACUUGAGUGAAAGCAAAGGAGCACCAAGUGGGAGAAGCAUAUCUUUUCUUGGUGCUGUUGAAAUAAAACUGUGAAUCUGUAUACCACCUCUGCAGGCUGCUUUGCAGAGGUGUAUGUGCCUAUUGGAGAUUACCAGCUGCAUUGUAGCAAGUAAUGCCCAUUAGAAGUUGUCCCCAAUAUUUCGUGCUACAUGGGAUCGCCUUUCUGAUCACAUUUGCUGGUUGUAGUCUUUUUAUGCCUGCUUUAGUAUAAAUAGAUGAUGGCGGGCUUGGAAUUCGUGUUUAUUGUGCCUUUCAGUGUUAUUUCUUCUUCAAUGAAAGCUGGCUUCGGUGUAGUCACCAGUGUUCCUUGUUUCUGUCACUCGUUUCACGUUAAGAGGUUGUUGUGAGAAGAGUAUUUUAAACAGCCUUUGGAAAAUGUGACAUAUGGCAGCAGCAUUACCAGUCUCUGCAUAAGUUGAGGUAGAACCGUCAAUGUGUCUGCUGCACACUAACUUGUGGUUGACUAUGACGUAUUGCAGCUGUCUGACCACGUAUCAGCAAUUCACUUGUGCUGUAUUUUUCUGUAUUCAUUCACCCUGUAAAUUUUUCGCGACACUGGUUACUCCGUCUCCGACUAACAGACCACAGCACUCUUACCAAGAACAUGUGUGUUUUGUGUCAGACAUUGCAAUGGGCACUGAUUUUUUAUUCGACACAUUUUUUUUCGCUCACUCCCUCCUUGCACACCACUGCGUGCAAUAAUGAGCACGCCGGGCGCGCCGCCACCACUUUGUGCUUCCUCGACGGCAGGGCAAAGAUGGAAGAUAUAGGCUCUUGUGCCAAAAUGACAAAAUCUAGGUCAAAAUUCUUAGUUUGUUCGUGGCGAAAAUUUUUUAUAUCAAGGAUGUCUUCAGUGGUUACCUUGUUACAUAGAGGUCUUAAAUACAAGUACUUCUAUGUAUUAAUGGCGACUAAUCAAAAAACUUUGUUAUUUAUAGGAAUUUAUUAUAUGGAGGUUCGUUAUAAGCAGGUUUAACUAUAUCAGCUUUUGUUGUGGCCAAAUUGCAUUCCAGGGUGUCUACGCAUUAGUCUGUAAUCACGUGUAGUACACACAAUGAACAAAGAUUGCAAGUGGUAAUGCAGUGUAAUUUCUCUGAUGUCAGCUGAUGCUCUCUCAAAAAAUGUGAAAUAUGUAUUCCAUAUGACUUUAACUAGUCUCAUGUCAUUCGAUCAAAUGACAAAUGCGCAAUCAUGCGUGGCCGUACAAGAGAACAGCAAAGAAAGGUCACUUGGAGUGAUUUAAAUGGUAGUGAACAAAACCAGUUUGUACAUAUCCAUAUUUGCAAACAGCUCGAACUAAACACUGACAAGAAUUCACGCACGACCAGCUUCAGUCCUGUGUGAAUUCUUGUCAGUGUUUACUUCACGUUGUUUGUAAAUAUGGAUAGUGAUGCUCUUCAUGUCAUGGCCAUAAAUGGAUAUCCUGAAAACAAUCUCUUGCAUUACAAAGCAAUUUAGUUGCAGGGGAAAUGGCAAUAAGCUGUUGCUGUUUGCUUUGUGGUAUUUGUCAUUGUCAUUUGCUUUAUUUGCACCACUUUAGCACCUGGUUUCUGUCAUAUGAUUGUUUCACUUCAUGAAUGCAAUGUUUAUAAAAUUAUGAUAUCUUUGUAUUGUUUUUCUCCUAUGGCUUUUGGUAUUUCAUGCUAAAUUUUUAUGUAUGUGUGUGACCAUGAACAGUUAAAUUUUGGCAGGGCAAACUAAAGUGUUGCUUCAAAGUGUACUACUGCGUGCAGCUAUUAAAAGCCACAAAGAAAGAAUGCUGCUUUUUACUUGUAUCGCUGCAAUGUUUGGAUUCAUACGAGUUGUGCCAAUCAACUCCAUUCGGCCAGAAACAGGCAUUUCGUGAUUUUUGCGUGAACCUGCAAUGCCAGUUUUUUGUACGACACUCACGAGUCAGGGCAACAGCAUGACUUAAUGCCAAGUUUCUUCUGUUUAGUAGCUGACUCCUAAUGACUGCAUCCAUGUCUGUUGUCCAUGGUAGCUAGCCUAGGUUAUUUUGUUCUAGUUAUGUUACCCUGUGUUGAGGCGAAAUAAAUGGGUAUGAGAUGAAUCAUGAAGAAAAAAAACCAAAAUUUGGUGAUGCCUGGGUGUUGGAACACCAUCAUUAACAUGUUGGAUUGCUACACUUUGAACUCAAGCAUUUCUUGUUGCUUGUAAAGAGUUAAUGACUGCUGGCAUUUUAAGUUCAUGUGACAGAGUUUGAAGCUUUGCUUGUGCGACAUUGAUGAUUGCUGGCAUGAUUUAUGACCCCAGAUCAUACAGUAAAUAUUCAAGCCAAAAAUAAAUCGUUUUGAAGUGUCCUUAACUACGGUGCUAAUUUUAAUGACUACCCAAAGUAUCCAGUGUGAACAUUUUGUGUAAAACUGCAUCUAGUCAUGCUUGUAUUUUUGGAUAUGACAUACAGUCAUGGCAUCAGCUGCCAUGCUGUGCACAUAUGUGAGAUGAAACAUUUUGUUUGCAGCGUGUAAUUGAUUUUGGUCCUUAUUUUUAUCAUGUUUCUCAUGCUUACAGUUAUUUGAGCCGAGUUGUUGCUUCAAUGACAGCCAAGAGCCGAGAAUGAUACUUUUUUUCACAUGUAUUGUUCACUAAGUUAUGUCUUGAAAGCGUUUUCAGUAUGAACAAGGUCCCUGUGUGGGCAUUUUAUCUUAUGUGUAUAUUCAAGGUGAAUAAACUCAUAACAUUUCUUUAUUGA